AUGCUUCGACCUUUGACACUCGUUCUGUGUGGUGAACCGUCUGAAAGGGGAGGAAACCGGCGACUGGCCAGAAUCAUAGAGAGGCCAGAUCGCGGCCAGAUCCCGACGUCCGAGGUCGGAAACUCUCCGAGCCAACGGCCGCGCGAGCAGCCAUGUUCCCGUCACCGUAAGAGCCUCAACGGCGCGCGUGGCGAGAGAGACGACAGACUUCUGGAGAGCAGAGUGUUGGCGUUUGACGGGAGAAGUACCCCACAACUUCCUUUCCCUCCCCCCCAUCAUUAUCUGUUGGUUGGUUGUUUGUCUUUAAUUUUCUCUUCUUUUCCCUUCCUUCUCCAGGUGGGUUGUUGGCCAAGCGUCGCACAGCAGAGUUUGGUGGGAAUCCUCAAACGCGAAGACAUCAGACUGACAGAAAGACGGAGGGAGAAAAGUGGCGACUUGGAGUUGGGUGUACGAUGUAUGUACCUACCCCCCGCAUUAACGAUGCAUCAUCGGCCGGGCGUUGGUAGAUUAUUCGGACCGAAUAUGCCAUCGGGGUCCCAGAGUUUCUAA